AAGCACCCUUCACUUUUUUCACUCUAGUAACGUUAGUUUAGAGUUGCUUCUCUUAGUUUUCCUUAAUGGAGUGGUAUGGAGGGUAACUAUGAUGGGCUAGAGUGAAGGAGUGUCUUUACAGUGAUAGCGCUUAAAAGAGAGCAAAGAGCGUGAGUGUGUGCUUGUCUCCUGAAAUCUGCAGUGGUUUCUGAUGCCAUCAUGUGAUCUGGAGCAUUACACAGGGCUGACUUCACGUGCUCUUCUUUGUACUUCAUCCAAAGGUGAAUUACAAAUGUCAAAACUAAACCUAGUUCUAUAAAAAAGCAAGGAUAAUAUUACUACAACUAGGCUUAUCUUUAUUAAUAGGGAUUUGUUUAAAAUCAGUUUUGGAUAACACAUGCUGUCACUGUUCUUUUGGUCACUUCUAUGGUGGUGGUGUUCAACUCCCAGUCCUGUUCAGGAGAACCCCAGGAGAGAAACUUGGGCAGCUAAGUAAUAACCCAGUUACACGCGCGCGCACACACCCCUUCCCCAAAUGAGUUGGUUUUCCUAAAACUCGCUGAGAAGUCAAAAGGUGUACUAUUUUAUAAUAAUGCAAAUGACAGUUUUCUAAAGUCAUAAAACGGACAUUAAAAUGUGUUAAUACCUGAAGGAAGUGGGUGCCCUGUCUCCUGUGCUGGCCACUCGGCCUUACCGGAGUCACUUCAUGAGGGUGAGGUGUAAGGCCAGGGAUCCUGGCUACGAAGAAAAUACCGGUUGCCCCAGGAUUCAUUCAGGGUAGAGUUAAUUUGUUGUUAAUGUCACAUUUCAUAGUUCAGAACAAACAAUUUUUAGUUUUUGGAACUUCGAAUUAAUCUUUUUAUCUUCAUUAUUGCUCUGCUGAGAUGCCCAGAUUCCUCUUCAUGUUUAAAAGAGAGUAUUAUUUCAUGGCCCUCUCACAUUGAGCAAGCUUCCACCACAAUGUCAACCAGCUACUGUUGAAAUAUUUUCCUAUGACUUGGCUAUCAAAGCAGCACAUUCAGAGUAAUUCAGACCCUAAAAUAAAUUAGAAAAUUGAUUUUGGCAUCAAUAUUCUGCAUGAAUUAUUUAUUGCCUGUUUAACAAAUUAUGCCUUAUUCCACAGGGUAACAUCCAGCAGUGACCUUUAGAUUAGGUAUUAACUUUGAUUAAAGCUUUUCUUCCCUAUCAUCACAAACUUCCAAGUCUUGACCAGAGUUACAGCAACUAUGGGGGUGAUUUAAUCUUUUCAUCCGUUGCUUUUCAUAAAAAGUAUUUGUAAUUUCACUGCAAUAAAUAGGCCCAUCAGUCGUUAAUGCCUCUGCAGAGGUGGAAGAAGAUUCCUGCUGAUCCUGGUUUGCUCUUAUUCUGUAAUUACAUAUUUGAAAUACAAACUUACUAAUGAAGUUUGUGUAACUUGACAGGGUAGAAAAAAUGUGGGCUUAUUGAGGAGUGAGUUACGAUUUCCAGCUAAUAAUUCCGCAGAAAGUUACCUGGAAAGGGGUGUGCAGCGCAGCCGCUGCAGCCGCAGCCCGGCGCGGGAGCAAGGCAGCCUCUCCGGCGCGCCUCGGCCGGAGGCUGGCCGGGAGGUUGGGCGCCCUGGCCGUCCCUGGCUGAGCGGCCCCGGCGGGGGAUAAAGCCCUCCUCUUCCUCCUCCACCCGACGGGCCGCCCCCGCGGAGGCGGAGCGGGAGCCUCCCGCCGCGGGGCUGCCUGUCUGCCCGACUCCCUGCCCAUCCGCCGGGCAUGGAUGCGGCUCACCGAGCAGCGCGGCUGGCCGCCUCCUGCCUCCGCACCCCCCUCGACCCCCGCACCCGCGCCCCCGCCGCGCUUUACGAGCGGGGCCCGCCGCCCGCCGCCCCGCAGGAUGGUUUUGAUUUGGAUUCAAAUACUGGCAGAGAGCAGACCCUCCUGUUAAAUGGAGACUCCGACAAGUGGAUAGACUUUUCCAAAAUGUGGAAUUCAAAUCAAGAAUAUUACUUGAAGCUAGAAGAGUUGAAGAAUGCCCACUUGGAGACCAUGGCAAAAUUAGAAAGUAUGUAUCGGAAUAAACUGUAUUUAAAAGGAGUACAGCCCUUGGACAAGAAAAACGCUGCUUCUAACGUAUGUUGUCGGCCAACGUGCGAGAAGAGCUCGUAUCAGCCUCUAAAUUUGCACACAUCCUUUUCAGACUCUGACUUAAGUGAUCCCUUAGGCUCAAGUAGAUCUGACGGCUCUGACAGAGAAUUAGUGUUUGAAGAAAAUGGUAGUGAAACUGGAUCAUCUGCAUUUGCUAAGGAACGGAUUGAAAAAAUGUGGGAUGGGUUCUCUGUGGAAGACUACAUCUCCCGCACCAAGCACAGCUUACCAAGCUCACCACCCUUCAGAAUGAUACGGAAGAAACGGAAAGCAUGGUCACCAAAAGUCACUGUGCCCAAGCCUUUCCAGAUGACUAUUAGAGAAGCUAGAAAAAAAGAACAGAAUGUCAAAUCAAAGUCACAGACUGAAAUGGAAAAUAACUUACUGAAGAAGCAAUUAGAGGAAGAAGCAGAGUGUCAGAAAAAAUUCCGAGCCAAUCCCGUGCCUGCUGCCGUCUUCCUUCCGCUCUACCAUGAAAUCCUGCAACGAAACGAAGAGCGCAGGAGAUCUGUGAAAGAGAGAAGCAAACUCAAGCUCUUGGCUUCUCAGAAGCCAUUUAAAUUCAUUGAACGAGAGAAGCAAAGGAAUGAAAUUAGGAAAAUGCAAUUAAGAGACCUUUCCACACCUGAAAAGAAAACAAAACUGUUCAAAGCAAAACCAGUUCCUAAAUGUGUUUAUAGUCCAGCUGUUAACAACAAGCUGAAGGAGGAAGAGCUCUACAGAGAAAUCAGGAUCAGAAUGAGAGCUGAAGAGUUGCUACGUAAUUCGUCUCUACCCAACAGCAGACUGGCUUUAAAAGAUACCACUAAAAAGAAGAAACACAAGUGCACUGAACCAAAGGAAGCAGAACAUAAACCCAAGGUCAGAUCAAGUGUUCCAGAUUUUGAACUGCUACACCAGAAAUUUCAGAAACGGCUCCUGCAACGAAAACAAGUGAAACACCUUACAGUCUGUGAACCUUUCAAUCUUCGUACUCCAUAUAUUCCCUCAAACAAGGGGAAGGUUUUAAAGGACAUUCAAGAGGACCAAAAAAAGUUGAAAGAAACACGCUGGCCAUAUGCCUCUCCAAGGCGUAAACCUGAAAUGAGACAUUCAAGUGCAAAUUCACAUCUCUCAGGAUUUGGAGAAUCUAAAUCACCAAAAAUUACAGAAUCUACAAGGCGACGGCUACAAGCCAUAAGGAAUUCACUUGAGGAAAAGAGAAAGCUGGAAGAACAACAAAAAAGGAACAGAACAAAGCAGAAACAAAGAAGGAAAAAACUCCAGAAAAUUGUAACAACUCGGGCUGAGGCCAAUGACCCCCAUCAGAGCCUAGCUCAGAUGUCUAAAUCCAAACUUAAAACAUUCAGGAAUUAUGAGAAGCAGAGAAUGCAAGAAUAUUUGGAAGAGUUGCAAGAAAUGGAAAAAAGAGUAAAUCAAAGGCCGUUGCUUUUUGAAAGAGUCACUCAGAAAGAUGCCAGAAUAGCUGCCGAAAAGCAUUAUUCUAACAGACUGAGGGCACUGGGGAUAUGCCCAGAGUUUGUUUCAAAGAAAGGACAAACAAAUAAAUUGCUACAAUGCUCCAGUGCUGAAGAUUUUAAUAACUCCACUGAUGCCAGAAAAAGAGUCAUGGAUAAAGUGAAAGAAAGAGAAUCCUUUGAGGAAGCAGCUGAUAGCAGUCCUUGGUCUGAGCAGUCCUGUGAGGACGAGGGAGAGAAGAAAAAAGGUGUCAAAACCUCCAGCCAGGAUGGCCAGUCCAGUGAGCUGGAGGAUGAGGAAGAGGCAAGAGCCAGCCUUUAUGCUCAUCAGCCUUGCCAUGCAGAGGAGGUUGGGUCCAGCCCUGCCUCUGACCAGCACCGGAAAGAGGAGGAGGCAGAGGAGGAAGAGGAAGCAAAGACAGGCCUGUUACUUGGCCAUUCCCAGGAGGAGGAGGAGGAUGAUCAGUCAAGACCCAGCUCUCAGUCUGACCAGUCCCAUGAGCAUGAAGAGGAAAGUCAGUCUGACCCUGAAGCUGAGGGUGCCUUCAGAUACGAGGAUGAGGAAUAUGAAAAUGAUGAUUCAGAAGAAAAAGCCAGCAAUGAUGAAGCUAACUGAAAGGAAGGUAGACAGGAUGGCCUGGGGCUAAGGAACCUAUUUCAUUGCUGGCAGUGAAAACACCAAAGAAAAACUUGACGCUUUGCUACUGAUAGAAAAUUCUGUGAAUUUAAACCUCUUAGCUUAACAGUCUUUCCAGUGCAGAAAUUUUGUCUGUUUUCCAGUAAGAAAGAUCAAAUUACUAAUUUCCACCAAGAAAAUAAUUUACUUCUAAUAUUAUUAUUCUUUAUUCUAGUCUUCUGUGACAUUAGUGCACCUCAGUUCACAAAAUGAACUGCAACCACCAUUUAAUAACAACAUCUUGCAUGUGGCAUUGGUAGGUACUGAGGUCUUAUGUACAGCUCUUUCUAGGUGCUGGCAAAGCCAAUGAGAUUUUGGACUAGUAAUUUACCAUUAGCAGUUCCUCCUAGUCUCAAACAUUUCAGUACUUCUGGGGCAUGUUCCUGCAGCAUCUUCUAGGAUGCCAAUGAAUAGACAAGGGUUCAUUGUGGAAGACCUCUGAGUGUUUUUAGGACAGCAGCUGCUAGGAAGACAACUUGUUGUGCAGUUAGACAAGAUGGCCAAGUUAAUAUGCUCAGUCCCUCCUUCCUCAUCCCCUGGGUUCUUCUGCCAACUUAAGUGAGCUGAAGUGGCUCAGUGAUGGGUCAGAUGAGUGCCAAGGCCAGAAAAGAUCUGUGCUUUUGGAGGAAAACAAUCUGUUAGUAUCAAGUCAACUACUUUGUCCAACUAAAGUAUUAACAGUAUUGCAGUUGCUCUCCCUAAGUGGAGAAAAUGCCUAUAAUACACUGAGAGGAGCCACUUAAAGUUUCACAGAUAUUUUUAAUGCUUACAGACAAGUAAGUCAGUAGAAUAUGUUAUGUUGCAUAUCUUGUCCUACUGUCUAACCAAGCCCCAAAACUGUUCUUUCAACUCCAUUUUGUUUCGAAGAACUCUUUCCAUGUUCAUGUAAAAUCAGUCUUCAUAACAUCAUAACAAAUGCUGACAUUAAUCUUCAAAUUUAUUUAUUGAGACAGUAAACAUACACUGUAAAGACAGAAUCUUAUUAUUUCGGAUAAAAAUACAGCCCAGCAAAUCUAGUUGCAUGAAAGUAUGGAAAGAAGGUGGGGGUUUUUUAUUAUUUUCUUCCAUGCUGCGUUCAAGAGCAUUAACUAAAUCUGUUGUUAUUUCUUCCUCCUGACUUUGAGAAGUUGUGUAACAAUUUCUGGAAGAUUUUUAUCAUUAUUGCUUUUAUUUAUUUUUGAAGUGUGAGCAAACUAAUAUGAAUUUGAAAAUUUGACUUAAACUCUCCAUUGUAUAUGUCAUAUUUGAAAAUAUUAAUCAUUACUUCACAAGGAAAAUCACAGUUUACAAUCUCUAGUUAUUCCUGACAACCCCACAAUACAAACUCAAGGUUGGUUUGCUCAUGCUUGUCAGUAUUCUAUAAUUCUGAAGAGCUGUACACUGUGUUAUUGAAUUCCUAGUCACAUAUUACUCGUAUUUGCCUCUUUAGUAAAUAAGUUUUUUUGAAAGAAGGCAGAGGAGCUCUAAAUUAUGGUUUUGUCAAAGAUUAUUUUGAAGAGGCUUCGAAUCAGAAAAAACCCGUUUUUAAGAUCUGACAGGACUCAACUAAGUGUGCUAAAAGAACAUAAUAUAUAAUUGUUGAACUAAUAAGACAGAGACGAAAAAUGUAAAACUCCUUUGAGCUGGAAGGAGGUAGCAAAAACGAUGCUUUUUUUUUUUUUAGGUUUUAGGAGGAGGAGUUGGGGACCUGUGUAUAACUUAGAUUGAGGUUUUCACUGAAUUUUUACUAUAUUAACCUUCAUAGGAACAGAAUUAAUGACCAUGCAGAUAAACGUGAUAUAACAAGGAAGAGUUAGUACAGCUUUUGGAGGUUAUGCCUCAACUUCUUUAGCACAUCUGAAAACGUCAAGCAGAACCACAUGGACUAAGGUGAUCCAGUUGAUAUGGUUUACCUAGAUUUUCAGGAAGUGUUUGACAAUUUGCUAUCAAAGGAUCUUAAAGAAACCAACCUUUUUGUAGGACAAUAAAGUUCUUAAUGAAUUAGUAACCAAUUGAAAAUUCAGGGAAGAAGAGGUCAAUUUUCACAGUAUAAAUGCAGUUAUCAGGAGGCAUUCAGUGAGAUUCAAACCCUUCAGUAUACUCAGAAGGGAUCUGUAGUACCCAUACUUAAGAGUUUGUUGCCACAGAGUUGUUCCAUGCUGUCAAAAAAUGAAACUGCAAAGUACAUGCCAAAGGAUCUUAUGACACUGAAUGGUAGAACAGAUAUCGUUCAGUUUUGCUAAGUGCAAAUAAAUAUAUGUGAGGGUAAAAAAAAAUACUCCCAAACUAUACAAUACUAUACACUAAAAAAUAAAAAAGCAAUUCCAUCUUGAAUGCUCCAUGCAUUCCUGGGUCCUCCCAUCUUAAAAAAGAUUUAUUAUGUAACUGUAAGAAGGCAAUAAGAAUGAUCAAAGAUAAAGAAUGGUUUUCAGAUGACAGGAAGGUAGUUUGCUUUUCAUAUAACAAUAUAGGCUAGGAUUCUUUGACUGGGAAAAGAUAUGAGAGAUCAAAUUUUAACAUAUUAAAAAGAGCUAUUUAUGGAAAUCACUUUGAGCAGCACAGAUUUCCGAAGUGGAAGAAUAAUGAAAUUUAAGUCAACUGUUCAGAAACUGCGUUACAAACAAGAAUGGGAUAAGCAUUCCAAUAAGGAAUUAAGAAGGAAAUAAAUAGCAGAGAAAAAUCACAGAUGACAGAACAAAAAUGGGGAAAGAAAGGUAAGGAUGAAUUAAACCUUAUGAAGCAAAGUACAGCAGUGAGAAAUUCUUCAAAGAACGAGGCAUAUACACCACACAGUCUUGAGAUGAACAAAAGGCUGGCCUAAAAGCCAAGCCAUUAUCUGACCUCUUUUUUCUUUUUUGGCAAGGAAGAUGAUUUAAAAUGUAGAUAAAACAGGAAAAAACUAAUAGGACGAUGGCACUGAAAUGAAGGUGACUAUAUUUAAAGAAAAAACCAGUAACUUCAACAUGAAAUGCGAAAUCCAGGUGAAAGAUUUUGGUAAGUUACCAAUAUGCAGAGUAGUACGACAGAAAGGAGACUAUAUAGUACUUUCUGUCAGAGCUCAAAAUAUUUUGAUGCAAUUAACAUGAAGGAGAAAAAAAGUAAUUUGAUUCACAGAGCAUGAUACAAUGGAAGCAUUUUAAGGGGAGAAGCUCAUGGAAGGAGAAAUGAUGAUGAGUUAUGCUUUCAGGGAAGCUACACAGCAGGAGGGAGAUGAAUAGAAAUGUUUCUCACAGAUCAUUGAAUAUUCUGUCUUUAAUAUUUCAAUUAAUGGCCACAGCUCAAAAGUAAAAAUAUGUUCAAAAAUUUGCAAAGAAAAUGAGAAAGGUGUAUCCAAAAAAAGGACUAAAAAUACCACAUGGGAGGAAGAGAAUAACUUUGCAUGUAGGCUGUAGUAUUAAAUAGUAAAUUUGAAGUGCAAGAAUAACAUUUCUUUGAUGGGAAUUCAUCACCUGAAGCUGUAAGGAGAAAAACCUAGAUGACUUGGUGAGCAACAGAUAUUGUACCACAAAAUAUGGUCAUAAAAAAGGUGAUGGAAUUGAAAGAUGUGGCAGGUACAGUGUUUCCAGCAGGACUGGAAGAAUGGUACUUUUAAGUCCACAAACACUACAGAUCCCAUUCUGGGUUUUUAAGUGUUUCCUGUGGUACUGAAUGGGAGCAGUAGCCUUCAUUGGAAAUUUUGUACUGUUUUCCUCCCUCUGUGUAUCUGCUUACAUCUUCAACAUGUUCCCACUGAGACAGAUCCACCAUGCUGGAGAAGGCUGAUGCUACACAGGCAGUCUGAAGGGUCUGCAUUAUCGCUUGGCUGCAGUGCACUAGCUUGCAAGUAUAUAUCAUCUGUAGGGGAUCCACAUCCCAGGAAAGGGUUACAGAAUCUGGAAGUUUAGUGCUUACAGACAGUGCAGUUGCUAUGGAAAGGCCCAGGCUGAAAAUGGACAUAAGGACAUAGUACCUACACUAUAAUAAGCCAGCUGCAUUUACUGAACUUUAGAGACAUCAGAAAUGGUAUGUUUUAGCAGUAGCAAAUGCCACAGGAAAAGGAAUAUCACUGCCAAGUAAACCAAAUAGAAGUACAAGGCCUACGGAGAAAUAAAAAUUAAUUUGUUACAGCCA